ACAACAGACGUCAGUUAGCUGGCGUCAGCUGAGCAAACUCAGCAGCGAAGCAGCGCUGCAAAUAUAAAAAAUCCGCCAACAAGACGAUCAAAAUCAUAUCAGUUAUUCCGGAAUCUCCCAAAUAAUUGUGCGCAUCAUUGCCAUGGACCUACAGUCUCCACCUGUGGACUCGGUUACGAAUCUGACCUAUUGAAAGAACGGUCACUAAUCAAUUAUUUACAUUUUUUACAAUACAUUCUAUUCGUGCUACAGCGCAGAUUUCGUCACAAAAUGUGAAUUAGUUUGAAGGUCACAUAACAAGUCUGUUGCCACUUGCCAAUUAUUUCUAAGGUAUCGUCGAACGGCCAGUGUAGACGUUUCCUCGUCUCGCGUGUUUACGUAACGUGACGCUCCCGAGCCAGCUGUGACCCUCGUGACGGACUACCGACGCAGCCAGGAUGUUGAGUACGUGCCUGCGAGCCCUGCGCACCUCGCGCCUGUUGGAGCGCCCAUACUCCAGCAUAGUGGAGCUCCCGCAGCUGGCCGACUUCGGAAUCGUGAAUGAACCCGUGCUGGAGUACCGCGCCGGCAGCAUAGAGCGCAGCGCCCUCGCCAGCGAGCUGCAGCGCGCCAUGGCGGUGACUGAGGAGGUGCCCAUCGUGAUCGGCGACGACAUUAUCAAGGACGGCGAGCCUCGCUACCAGGUCAUGCCCCAUGCCCACGACCGCCGCAUCGCCAAAUAUUAUUACGCGAGCGAUAAAACUAUCAAAAAAGCGAUCGAUACUGCAGUGAAAGCACAAAAGACUUGGGACCGUACUCCUUUCGAAAAAAGAAUAGAUAUUUUCACAAAAGCUGCAGACUUAAUGUCCUGUGAGUAUCGUCAGAGCCUCAAUGCUGCCACCAUGAUGGGUCAAUCCAAGUCCGUGAUACAAGCUGAAAUUGAUUCUGCUUGUGAAUUGAUUGAUUUCCUCCGAUUCAAUGUAUUUUUCUUGAAAGAGAAUUUAAAAUAUCAGCCGAUCUCAGACAAUCCAAUGGCUACCAGAAACUCACUUCGAUUCAGAGGGCUUGAUGGAUUCAUUGCUGCUAUUGCUCCUUUCAACUUCACUGCAAUCGGAGGCAACCUGGCAUAUACCCCGGCCUUGAUGGGUAACAGUGUCUUGUGGAAGCCGUCUGACACUGCUGUGCUGUCCAACUGGCGGAUUUUCAACAUUUUGCGUGAAGCAGGCAUGCCUCCAGGAGUAGUGAACUUUUUACCUGCUGAUGGCCCUACAUUUGGAAAUGCCAUCACAAGCUCUCCUCAUCUUUCAGGUAUUAAUUUCACAGGAUCUGUUCCAACCUUCAACUGGCUCUGGAAUGCAGUGGGCAAAAACCUUUCAGUAUACCGUAACUACCCGAGGCUCAUUGGUGAAUGUGGUGGCAAGAACUAUCAUUUUGUACACCCGACGGCUGAUGUCCAGUCAGUAGUGUCGGGCACAAUCCGGUCAGCUUUCGAGUACUGCGGCCAGAAGUGCUCUGCCUGCUCCAGGAUGUAUGUUCCCAAGUCUUUGUAUGAUCAAAUAAAACAUGGCUUGGUUGAUGAGGUUGCAAAAUUAAAUAUUGGAGAUGUUACAAGUGACUUCAGUACAUUUUCAGGAGCAGUGAUUGAUGACAAAGCUUUCUCAAGAAUUACAGGAUACAUCAUUAAUGCUAAAAAGAAUCCUAAGAACAAAAUUUUAGCAGGAGGGGAAUUUGACUGCAGUCAGGGUUAUUUUGUAAUGCCAACCAUCAUCGAGACCACUGAUCCUCAUGAUAAGUUGAUGACGGAGGAGAUAUUUGGACCGGUCCUUACAUUGUAUGUGUAUGAAGAUGAACAGGUGCGUAAAGCUCUUGAACUUGUGGGUAGUUCCACGAAAUUCGCGCUAACGGGCGCCGUGUUCGCCCGCGACCAGGCCUUCUUGAAACUGGCUUUGGAGGAACUAAAAAUGACAGCAGGCAAUUUCUACCUCAAUGAUAAGUCGACUGGGUCCGUCGUGGGCCAGCAGCCGUUCGGCGGCGGUCGCAUGUCGGGCACCAACGACAAGGCCGGCGGACCCAACUAUGUGAUGCGUUGGACCACUCCUCAGUCCAUCAAGGAGACCUUUAUACCACUGAGAGACAUCAGCUACCCAUACAUGAACGACUGUUGAGGAAAUCCAAAUCUGCUGUACGUAUAACAUCAAAUAAUCUAUCAGUACAAUAAUAGUUAUAUGGAAAAUUUUAGUAUGUAAUGUACUUCGUACUUGUUAAUCCUAGGAAAUGUUUCCAAUUAUGUAGUGGAAGAGUAUGUGUCCUGUGAUUGCGUUGUUUGGGUCGAGAUUAACACAUCAAAGCAAUGUAAUAGAUGUUCACAGAUGGUUGCACUGUUCCUUAUCCUCAUCAAUUAAAUAGAGAAUUGGAAUGUCUACAGUUUCAGGCUGUGAAACUAGUCAUGUACAUUCCUACAAUCUGUACAUACAAUCUUUAAAUUACUUUGAGUGAGAAAACAAUAAUACCAUUUAAUUUUUAGCUCUUAUUCAUCUAAGUAUUUAUUACUUAUUGUUAUAUAUAUUGAAUAGUUAUUUUAAUUUAUGUACAGUGGACAAGUGAAUGAUUGUAGACCUAACAAACAAGAGCACAGGAAACCUUGGAAACAAGCUUUCCAUCACAACCUACUGAUAACUAUAUUUAAGUAUUUCAUCACAAUAAUUUAUUAAUAUAAAUGUUUGGUACCUACAUGUUAGAUGUUAUAUAAAGCUCUGUACAUACAACUUUUGACUUGUCCUAGCCAUUGAGCAAGUCACACUUUUAUGUGUACAGUGCUUUAGUAAGAAUUUAUAAUAAUAUACCUUUAGUGACAACCAGGAUAAUAAAAACUGAAAAUUAAGGUAUAAUGUAGCUUGUUUAGAAAUAAUGAUAGGUAUUACUUUAGCGCGCGCGUCGCGUCGCUCCGCCAUCGCGCACGGGUCUAUACUGUCUUAUCUCUUAUUUCUCUUAUCAUUUAAUGCAAUGAACUAGUUUAUUAUCGUAUUAACUUUUCUUAUCUCACUUUCGGCUCUCUGAUUACUAAGGGAAAACUGCAUUUAAGCUUUUUUUAUUACUGUAAUUUUAAAUUGGUUUUAGAGACUAAUUUCUUAUUUUGACCCUAUUUCCAACAACAGAUGAUUAUUCUCGCCGCUUGUUUAUUGAAAAGUUCCUGUUUUAUUUCGCUGAAAAAAUCCUAGGAAUGUAUCGAAUCUUUUUUAAUAAAAAUUGCGAAUAAA